AUGUUCUCUUCGGCGUCUCCCAACAAGCGCAGCCGAUCCGAGAAGGAGGACAAGCUGAAUCGACGCGAGCAAGGCUGGCGUCGGAUGGUGCUGCGCAUGCUGAUGGUUCUCGCCAAUGCCCUACGGAUCAUCACUCGACAGGCCCAGGGCAUGAUCAAGCAGCUGGGCCGCGAAGACCUGAGGCAGCUCAAGGAAUCCAUCCAGGAGAUCUUGGAAGAAGAGGAGAGUUCGAGCGAAGAGUCGGCAGCUCCGACGGAAGCGGCCUCGACUGCCGGGUCCUUCGUGGUGAUUCCUCCGGCGGGACCACCUUGCCCAGACGGCCGCCAUUGCUGCCAUCACGGCCAGGAGAGCGUGAUCUUGAUGUGCCGCAAGGAGGGGCCCAACUACCAGCGCCAGUUUCGACGCUGCCCUCUCUGGAAGCGGCCGGAUCUGCGGUGCGACUACUUCCAAUGGCUGGACCACCAGCCCUACUGGAAGGAUCCCGACGCGAGCAAGAAGAAACUGACGGACGAGAUGAAGGAGCUGACGGAGGAGCAAAGGAAGUGCAAGCACCCGAUUGUGGUCGGGACCGGCCUGCAAGUACUGUCGCUUGUCCAGAUGGAUGCCGACCAGAGCGGCGGACCGCCUUCACCAUCCCUGUCCAUUCAGACGAUGGACCUGGUCUCCAUGAUGGGGGACAACACUCCAAGAUCAGCCCCUCCGACGCCGCCGAAACCUUCAAAGAGCCCGGCCAAGACGGUGAGGAAGGACACCAACGCCAGCAAGAAGCCGCCGUCAGGCAAGCAACCACCCAAGGACGAGGACACAGAUGCGACCUACCAACAGUUCCUGGAGUGGCAGCAGUUCCGGGAGUUCAGCCGAAAGAGCCAGUCGAGCAGCUCCAAGUCACAGCUGGGCCGGGAGUUCUGA